CGUCGACGAGUGUUCAUCGACCGGUGACGUCUGCGGUGAGGGUGCACUCUGUAUCAACACGGCCGGUAGCUACGAUUGUCGGUGUCGGCCCGGUUUCGGCGGGAAUCCGUUCGUCAUGUGCUCGGCCAUCGAGAAAACCGUGUGCGACAAUCCACGCCGAUGCCAGUGUGGCAAGAACCAGCAGCAGUGCCCACCGGGGUACGCUUGCGAACGUGGUGUCUGCCGGGAUCUGUGCGCGAAGACGGUCUGUGGACCACGGGCUGCUUGCGAUGCCGGACGAUGCAUCUGUCCACCGGGUUACAGUGGGAAUGCACAGGAUCGUGCCGUCGGAUGUGUGGCCGAGGGUCAGUGUGACAGCGAUGCCGAGUGCGAGAGCUCCAAGAUCUGCUUCCAGCUAGGCAAGGGCGUCCGGCGGUGUGUGGACGCGUGCAGCAAGGUCCAGUGCGGUCCGAAUGCACUCUGCGUCUCGAGCGAUCACCGUAGCAGCUGCAUCUGUGCACCGGGAUACGUCGGCAAUCCGGGAGAUCUAACGAUUGGAUGCCAGCAGGAAGCGAAACUGGUGGCCGAAUGUCACGCCGAUGGGGACUGCAAACCGGACCAGGUGUGCGCCGUGAUGGAGACGGGUUUGCAGGCUUGCGUUAACCCGUGCGCCAAGGUCGAAUGUGGCGUUAAUGAGAUGUGCCGAGUGGAGCAGAGCAACCGCAGUCCCGUGUGCCACUGCCAGACCGGUUACCGGUGGAAUCCGGUAACGUCGGCAUGUGUGAAACCUUCGAUACCGGACUGUACGAGCGAUGCGAAUUGUCAUCAGGUGGCGGCCUGCCGCCAGGAUGCGGUCGGUGUACUGAAGUGUGAACCGGUCUGUGCCGAGUUCACCUGUCCACCGCACUCGGUGUGUGUGUCGGCCAACCACAAGGGUAGCUGCCAAUGUCUACCCGGGUAUACCGGUAAUCCGAAUGACCGGAAUGGAUGCCGACCGGAACAACACAACACCUGUCUAACGAGUGCCGAGUGUGCGGAAUCGGAUCAUUGCGUCGCGCAAGAUGGAGCCGCCCUAGCGUGUCGUCCGGCCUGCGAUGGUGUCCAGUGUGGGCCGUUUGCCGUGUGCGUCACGAACAAUCAUCGAGCCCAGUGUCAGUGCCCCCCGGGAUCGUACACCGGCGAUCCGUACGAUCUCACCAAGGGCUGCCAGGCGGUACCGUGUGUCUACAAUCGGGACUGUCCGGUGCAACAGCUGUGCAACCGGAUGACGCACAGCUGCGUCGACGUGUGCCAGGAGGAUACGUGCGGUGAUAAUGCGGUCUGCAUUGCGGAGAACCAUCGGUCGGUGUGCCAGUGUCCACCGGGCUACAAGGCGAAUCCGAUUGCCGAAGUCGAGUGCGCUCAGGUGAAGAGCUGCGAACCGAACCCGUGCCACCCGACGGCUAGCUGUGAACCGGGCCCGGAUGGAUACGUUUGCCGUUGCCCGGUGGGACAGAUCGGUAAUCCGUUGACGGGAUGCCGCGAGGAAGGUGAAUGUCCGAACGGGGAUGUCCAGUGUCCGGAGAGUGCGGCCUGCAUCGGUGGUCGUUGCGUCGAUCCGUGUGCGAAUGCUUGUGGCAUCAACUCGCAGUGCACCGUCAUCAACCGGACGCCGGUGUGCAGUUGUAAGGCAAAGUUUGUACCCGGAGCCACGGGAUCGGCCAGGGAUGGCUGCGUACGGCAGAGCACCGGCUGUCUUAGCGAUCUCGACUGCAACGGGGAUGUUUGCCACGGUGGACAGUGUCUGGUGGCGUGCCGGAAUGGCAAAGAUUGUUCGGCUGGUGAACGCUGCGUCAACAGUGUGUGUACGGUGCCGUGCUCGGACCACAGUCAGUGCGGUGAACGGCAGGCCUGUAUUGCCGGAGGUGUCUGUGCGAUCGGAUGCCGUAGCAGCAAGGAUUGUGGCGGAUCGGAGGCGUGCAUCGACUUCAAGUGUGUAGACCCGUGCGAAUCGGCCGGUACGGCCUGUGGACCGAAUGCCCUUUGCCAGAGCGCUGACCAUGUACCGCGUUGUUCGUGUCCGGCCGGUUUCGAGGGCAAUCCAGUACCGGAGCAGGGCUGUGUCCGUGUGCCGGGUAACUGCGAGUCUUCGGAGCAGUGUGCACCGGGCCACACCUGUAUCGCCAACCAGUGUGCCCUUCCUUGCGCGGACAAUACUGCCACGGACGGUGGCACGGGAUGCGCGGUCGGUGAACGAUGCCAUGCCGGGGUCUGCGCCAAGGUGUGCUAUACCAACAACAACUGUUUACCGGGCGAGGUGUGCAGUGAGGCGGGUGUCUGCAUCGCUGGAUGUGCAACCGACGGUGACUGUCCGUCGCAGCGCGUCUGCCAGGCUGGCAAGUGCCGCUGUAUGAAGGGCUUCAUCGGGACACCGUUCGGGUGUGCGGACAUCGACGAGUGUUCGGAGGCACCCUGCCAUGCGACGGCAGUUUGUGAGAACAUUCCCGGUUCCUAUCGCUGUCAGUGUCCGGAUGGAACGGUCGGUGAUGCGUACGCUGCCCCGGGCUGCCGGAAACCGAACCAAUGCCGCAAGGAUCCGGACUGUAGCACGGAGCUGGCCUGUAUCGGUGGCAAGUGUCGCAGCCCGUGCAAUACCAAGCAGUGUGGAUUGAACGCCGAGUGCCAGGUGGUGGACCAUCGGGCGGAAUGCUUCUGCCCGGCCGGGUACCUCGGUGAUGCGCAGGAUCGCGAAACGAUCGGUUGCUUCAAGGUCGAGUGCGUCAACAACGAGGACUGCGGUGUGGAUCGCGCAUGCAGCGAGGAAACCAACCGGUGCAUCAAUCCGUGCGAGCGAAUCAACUGUGGGCGCGGUAGCUGCCAGAUUGCGGAUCAUGUGGCGUCCUGCGUGUGCCACCAGGGAUAUCGUGUGGCGGCGGGUAGUGGCCGGUGUGAAGACAUCGACGAGUGUGCCGAGACCAAUCCGUGCCACGAGACGGCACGAUGCGAGAAUCUGCCCGGCAACUAUCUCUGCUCCUGCCCACCGGGACUGGUGGGUGAUCCGAGCCGAGCCGGAAGUACCGGCUGCAAAGCGAACGCCGACGAAUGUAUUGCCAACGAAGAUUGCCCGGCGGGAGCACAGUGCGUGAAGGGACGCUGUCACAAUCCGUGCAGCGAACGGAGCGCCUGCGGUGAGAACGCACGCUGUACACCGGUGGGCGAUCGGGCACAGUGCGAGUGUCCCGAAGGAACGCGUGGUGAUCCAAAGAAGAGCUGCCGGAAGGUCGAAUGUACCACGGCGGACGAAUGUGACGAGUCACGCACCUGCAUCGGUUACAAGUGCAUCGAUCCGUGCACGCUGAAGAGUGCCUGUGGUUCGAGUGCCGACUGCGUCGCACAGAAUCAUCUGGCCAUUUGCUCGUGUCGCUCCGGAACGACCGGUAAUCCGCUGCUGGGCUGCGUACCGCUUCAGUACUGUAGCAGCGAUCUGCAGUGUCCGACCGGCACCAAGUGUACGGGUGGUGUGUGCUGUUCGCUGUGCGGCACCAACCGGGACUGUAUCGACGAUCAGCUCUGCAUCCAGGGUGUUUGCCAACCGACCUGCCGCACGAAUACGACCUGUCCCGAUUUCCAGUACUGCCACAACGGUAUCUGCACACAGGAGUUCAAGUGCCGCACCGAUGAGGAUUGUGAUCCCGACGAGAUGUGCGUCGCCGACUCGAGCGGUCGGUCCGAGUGUCGUAAUGCGUGCAGCGCUGGCCGAACACUGUGCGGCCGAAAUGCGGACUGCGUUUCACGAUCGCACGCGGCCGUGUGCGAGUGCAAGCAAGGGUUCUUCCGUGAUGCGGCCGGUGUAUGCAGACGGAUUGAGUGCGCCGUCGAUGAGGACUGUUCGUCGGAUAAGCUGUGCGAUAAUCAUGCGUGUAAGAUCGCGUGUCUGGCCGGCGGUACGACGCCGUGUGGUGCGAAUGCACUCUGUUCGGCCGAAAACCAUCGGCAGGUGUGCUAUUGUCAGCCCGGUUUUACCGGUGAUCCGAAGGUGGGCUGCUCGCUGAUCGAUUUCUGCCGCGAACGACCGUGCGGUGCGAAUGCCAAGUGUCGAAACAGCCGCGGUUCGUACCGCUGCUCGUGUCCGGCCGGGUUGGUGGGUGAUCCAUAUCAGCCGGCGGGUUGCAAGCGAGCAUCGGAGUGUGAACGGAACACUGACUGCCCGGAGGGAGCCGAGUGUGUGAGGGAGCCGGGCGCUGAAGCCAAGUGUCGCGAUGUUUGUACGAGCGUUGCGUGCGGUCCGAAUGCCGAGUGUACUGUCGGUCGAGGUGGCCAUACGGCCAGCUGUCGGUGCUUGCAGCGGUACGAGGGAGAUCCGAAGGAUCUCGCUAACGGUUGCAAACCGAAACCGAUGGCUUGCAAGCGCAAUCAAGACUGCCCGGAGAACUCGUACUGCCACGCGCAAAUCUGCAAACCGGCUUGCUCCGAGACGGACGAGUGCAACCAGGAUGAGGUUUGUUCGAACGGUCAGUGUGUGAAUCCGUGCCAUGAAGCGAACGCGUGCGGUAUGAACGCCGAAUGUUUGAUGGGUGCGCACGCCAAGCAGUGUUCCUGUCCGGCCGGAUUUACCGGUGAUGCGGCGAUCGAGUGUGUGCGUGUGCCAAUAUCAUGCGCUUCGAAUGCCGAUUGCUCCGAUGGAAGUGUGUGCAAGGAGUCGAUGUGCUUGCCGCGCUGCCGAAACGAUCAGGAGUGUGCACUGAACGAAAAGUGUCUCCAGGGUAGCUGUAUGUUGACCUGUCGGUUGGACAAUGAUUGCUUCCUGGGUCACAUCUGCCUAAGCGGACGAUGUGUGUACGGUUGCAAGGCAGACAGCGAUUGCAGUGCGAGCGAAACGUGCCGUGACAAUCGGUGCAUCAAUCCGUGCCUGGACAGCCCGUGCGGUCCGAAUGCGGCCUGUACGGUGGUGAACCAUCGGGCUAGCUGCUCCUGUUUCGCCGGAAUGGUGCCAAGUCCGACGGCAAAGGUCGGAUGCGUCCGAGCACCGGCGCUGCAGUGUACAGAGAACCGUGACUGUGCGGACGGAACGUCUUGUAUGGGUGGCAUGUGUCGACCGCUGUGUGCCGAUGAUCAGGGUUGCUUGAACAACGAACGGUGCGACGGCGGUGCGUGCAAACCGAUCUGCCGUAAGGAUGACGAUUGCCGAACGGGAGAAAUCUGCCAGGGACAGACGUGUAUGAUCGGUUGUCGAUCGGAUGGUGGUUGCCCCAGCAACCUAGCCUGCAUCGGUCAACAGUGUACGGAUCCGUGCGGUGAACCGACUGCGUGUGGAACCAACGCGGAGUGUGUCGUAGUAAACCAUCGAAAGCAGUGCAGUUGCCCGGUCGGAUUGGUCGGCGAUCCGUUCGGACUAGGAUGUCGACAGGAAACCCGCCUAUGCCAGACGCGCUCGGAUUGCCCGAAAGGACACGCCUGCUACAGUGGCUCGUGCAUGCAAACGUGCCGCAACGAUCAGAACUGUCUGGCCGAUGAACGAUGCGUACGAGGAACGUGCCGUACCGUGUGCAACAGCGAUGCAUCGUGUGGAGAUGGACUGAUCUGCGAGGGACGCAUCUGCCAGCCGGGUUGCCGGUCGGACAAUCAGUGCAGCAACGUGCAGGCGUGUAUCAACAAGAAGUGUACGGAUCCGUGCGCCACGCUUGGACAGUGUGGUGCCUGCUCGGACUGCAAGGUCAUCGAUCAUGGUGUGCAGUGUAGCUGUCCGGCUGGAUAUCUCGGGAAUCCGCUACUCUCCUGUAGCCCACCGGUCGAGAAAUGCCACGAUCAGUGUACCUGCGACGAGGACGGAAUGUACUGCGUGAAAGCAUGCCGGCAGCAAAAGGAUUGCGGAUGUGGACAAACCUGCCAGCGUGGAAAGUGUCGAGCAAAGUGCAACCCGGGCAACUGUCCGGCCGGUUUGCUUUGCCAGAACGGUGCCUGCGUUGCGGGAUGUCGCUCGAACGUGGACUGCCCAGCUGAGCGCACCUGCACCAAUGGCAAGUGUGCCGAUCCAUGUGCCAACGGAAAGGCAUGUGGAAAGAAUGCCCUUUGCCAGGUGUCGGACCACCGUUCGCUGUGCCUCUGCCCCGACGGUUACCAAGGUGACCCGGCGGUAGGCUGCGUGCAGUACGAGUGUCAGACGAAUGAUGAUUGCGAGCUGGACAAGAAGUGCUCCAAGGGCAAAUGCAUCAAUCCGUGCCUGAUACCGGGUGCCUGCGGGCUGAAUGCCCAGUGUCGGGUCGUGGAUCGACAAGCGCAGUGCUCGUGCACUCCCGGUUUCUUCGGUAACGCUCGCCAAGAGUGCCAGCCGGUACAGAAGAACAGCUGCGCGCAGAACCCGUGCGGAGACAAUACUGUGUGCCGCGAGGACGACGGUGGCUUCGAGUGUUCCUGCCAGCCGGGUUGCGUUGGUGAUCCGCGGCAGGGAUGCGUAUGCGGAGACAAACAGCAGAAGACGGACUGCGAUCAGUACGCUUGUGGUACGAAUGCGGUCUGCCAGAUGACGGAAUGGGGCGCACCGGCUUGUGUCUGCCUUGCGACUCACCCGUAUGGUGAUCCGUACAUGGCAUGUACGCAAGAGAACACCGAAACCGACUGUCGAACGACUGGUUGCACAGAGGGUGAGUGCGUUCGCGAUGGUACCAAGUUUAUCUGCCGCAAAGAGCUGGGCUGUCGUCAUAGCAAUGAGUGCCCGCCAGAAAAAUCCUGCAUUAAUGGUGUUUGCGAUAAUCCAUGCCGAUCAGGCAAUCCGUGCGAUGCCGAUGAGGAAUGUGAAGUGCAGAACCAUGAAGCAGUUUGCGUUAAACUGUGCCAAUGCGAGAAAACUGCCCAUUGCGGUGUUGGACAGAUUUGUGAUGGAUGCAACUGUAUUCAGAAGGAUACGGACCGUACAACUGGAUGCGAACAUUGUCCACCUGGCAUUCCAUGUGAUCCAAUCACUGGAGGCUGCGUGAAGGUACAAUGCACCAAAAACGAUGAAUGUUCACUGACGGAAGCCUGUGUUGGGAACGUGUGCCAGCGGCCGUGCGAUGUAAAGAACCCGUGCACGGCGAACGCGGUAUGCAUCAAUGCUAACCACGGCACUGAUUGCAGCUGCAUCGACGGAUACCAUGGCAAUGGUUUCGUACAAUGCGUACCAGUGAUCACACCGGGUUCGGUGUGCCAGUACAACGAGGACUGCCCGCCGGAUAAGCUGUGCGAUCGGUUGAACCGAGUGUGCAUCAACCCGUGUCUGGCCGAUUCCUGUGGUGACAAUGCCGAAUGCUACGCCGUUAACCACGGUAUUGACUGCCGUUGUCGGGCCGGGUUCACCGGAAAUGCGUACAUCGAGUGUACGCAGCAUCAGGGUUGUUUGUCCGAUCGCCAGUGUCAGGAUGACGAGGCGUGCAUCAAUGGUCGCUGCUCGUCGCCGUGCCAGUGCGGACCGAAUGCCAUGUGUGACGUGAAGCGCCACAAGGCGGUCUGCCGCUGUCCGCCCGGGUAUGCGGGCGAUGCACGUAUCGGCUGCAAUCCACCGUCCAA